AGUCGGCAAGAGAGACAGGAUAAGUAUGAUGUGAGGAUGUGACAAGGAGUUACUGGAGUGUGGAGUCUGGCGGUGAGGUGCGGGAGUGACCCGGAGGGCGGCGCCCACCGCCAGGAAGGAAGAGUGUGGAGAGAGAGAGAGAAGUCGAGGCAAGGCGAGGCAUGGUGCAGCCAGCUUCCAGGGGCGGCAGUGGCGGCGCCCUUCCUCUGCCUUGGCCGGUGCUCGUCUGGCGCCACAGGUGCCUGAAAAUCACCUGAGCGAUGCCAGUGCCACUUCGCGCUGCCAGACGCAUGCCUCGCCUUGCUGCCCCGCGCCGCGAAGGACAAUUCUGGUGCUGCAGGGCAGUGCCCCGCGUGUCCUGCAGGGGCGGCCGUGUCAUUGCGGCGUGUUAGGUGGCAGCAUGAGGACAGAGGACGCCCCCUGCAGCAGUGCCUCGCGGUACGACACGCUGGGGCCGCGAGGGUAAAGUUCUGGUGCCGUGUGAGUACCAAUCAGUGUCACCCCGGCACGGCGGGAGAUAAAAGCAGCAGCGGCGGCCUGUGCUCACCACGCCGGCUCGCCACGCAACCCGCGCUGACGUGUGUCCCGCGCGAUCGUGUCCAUAGUUCGCGCCGCGUCCCCGGUGUCGUCGCGAGUGUGUCCUCCAAGAGGCAUAGCCAGUCACAACUCACGCCCCAGCUCAAGUGACGAGUUCAUUACCCUGAGGGCGGCGAGCCACCCUGGGUGUGCGGGAGUGCCGCGCCCGACCACCGCUGCCCUGACUCUGGACGCCCUAACAAAAACUAACAUGAACACUAAUGGAAUAAAUUCAAUUAACCUUUAUCAAUGUAAUUAUUAAAACUGGUUGGGUUAAGGCACGUUAAUCCUCGCCCUCCCCAUUAGAUAAGUAAUCCACGGGACUCCGCGGCGGGGGAUUACUGAGGCGGCGGGGGGAAUGCCGCCCCGGGGGAGGGAAGCACCGGGGGAGUGAGCUGCCGCCAGCCAGGCCUCCGAGCCCCUCAUGGCGCCAGCUUGGUCAGGAGCGUUGGUGUGGGCGUGGGUUGCAGUGGUGGCCCUCAACUCCCUGCGGGCGGACGGGUGGGGCGACAUCAAAGGAGAGCCCCGUGUGAGCAGUCAGUGGCCGGCCAGUCAGGUGAUCCAUGAGGGGGAAGUAGUGCGUCUUACCUGCCCAAUCACUGCCAAUCCUGAGCCCUUCUAUGAUUGGUUUAAGGAUGGCGAGGCGAUCAAGGCCACGUGGAACAGAUACGUGCCCAAGAAGCGGCUGCUCAAGAUCAAGAACAUCAAGAGUGGUGACGCGGGACACUACACCUGCGUGGGCGUCAACGGGUUCGGCCGCGUCAACGCCUCCAUUACCCUCAUCGUGCUGGGGAAGGGUGAGGUGAUCGAGAACCUGACCAAGCCUGUACUGACGGAGGUGUGGCCGCAGGAAGCCCAGCAGCGCCGCCCGGGGGAGUCCCUCACCUUCACCUGCCGCACCAGAGGGUUCCCCAAGCCAGUGGUCACGUGGUACAAGGUAAGUCUGCCCUGGCUUUACUGUGAGCGUGAGUUUGUCUGGUUCUCUAAACUCUCAAUCCCUGGCCAUUCCUUCUCACUCCCUCACUCUCUUCCACUCUCUCUCACUCUCACUCUCCCUCCUGCAGAGACCAACAUGGAGCAACACCUUCAGAUCAGCGAGGCGGUGAACACAACGGUGGUGGAGGGCGGCAGCACCUCCCUUCAGUGCAGCGUCAGGACAUCACAGCUGCCCAGGGUGGAGUGGCUGAAGGAACUCUCUGCGGAGGCCACCAGGGAAGGACUACGCUCUAUCAACUCCACGCGGCAGCUCGGGGGGCGCCUGUACCAGAUGGUGGAGGGCGCGGAGGGCGUGGUGGCGCGUGGUGAUGACGAGUACCUUUCCAAAUUGACUCUGAGUGGCGCUACUCCUGACGCGGCGGGAGUUUAUGUGUGUUUGGCCGUCAACAACCUGGGCUUCUCCUUCAAGAAAGCUCACCUCACCGUCCUUCGUAAGCCAGGCCAGGCACACACACCAGUGGGACAGAAGGAGCGAAGCAUCAACUGGCUCUUUCUCAUCAUACCUGCGGCGGUGGUGGUGGUGGUGGUCAUUGCUGUCAUCGUGUGUCAGUUACGGAAGUCAGCCCCCGACAAGCCUGUGGGGGUGACGCCGCCCACGCCCGUACUGAAAGGUGACGACCCCUCUGCCCUCACGCCCCUCAACCAACAGGACCAGCACAGCCACCCGCCCACGCUGCCACGCCCACCCGAUCUUGUUUAUCAGGAGGUGAGUGGCUACAGCGGGGGCAGCGUGCGUGGGGCGGGGCACGGGCACUACGACUACUCCAGCCCAUACCCGGAGUCGUACCUGGACCCUGCUUACUCAGACCCCUACCAGGCAGACCGGGGGCCCACCAGGAGCUCAGACCACGGUUACGCCCGCCCCCACCCCUCCCUGGCCUCCCAUACCUCCCACGCCUCCUCCAGCCCGCAGCUCCCCCCGCCUUACGUCCAUCCACACGCCCACGCACACACUCACACCCACACGCACCGCCACCCACAGUAUUUCGUGCAUUAUAACCUAUAGAGGUGUGCGUGUGCGUGUAGCGUGGAUUACCUGCCCUAAUUAAUGAAGUGGUGAUUCCAAAGGUGUGUUUCUUACCGAAGGAAUGGUGGAGCUUAUGUGUGUGUAUAUAUUUUUCUCCUUUAUUUACUGACACACCGAAUAUUAAUAAGUGAAUGGGAAAAUAUGAAAGCUUUACCUACAUACCGAACACAGGUGAGUGGAGAGCUCAUCCAUCCCCGCUGGCUGAUUAGUGGCAGGUGAACUGAGUGUGUGUGGUCAGUGAGCCGCGAGGUGUGUACAAGCACGUGAUAUGGACGAGCAGUAACACACGCACACUGACAGAACACGAUCAAUGCACCCGCAACCCGACCCCAUACAGAACAUUUACUGCCUGUUUAGCCACACAUGAACCCAAUAUGUGUGCAGGAUUUGUGUAUGUGCCCUUAACACACACACACACACACACACACACACACACACACACACACACAUCAAUUAUAUGUAUACACGUUCGCACAUACCAUAAGUUAAUUAAUGCCUAUAAAUGUACUAUCCAUCAGCUACUCAUUACACGGUCGGUCAGUCAGUCAGUCAGUCAGUCAGUCAGUCAGUCACACAGUAUUACCAGAAACACAACAAUGAAAACUGGUGGAAAUGUUAAGAAAAGAUGAAACAUUGUGAAAGAUGAAGAGAGAGAGAGCGGUGAUGGAAAAUAGUGCAAGGAACAGUGAAAGAUUUGGAAGAAGAAAGAAAGGAGACAGUGAAGGAGAAAAGUGAGAGGUGAGAGAUGAAAAAAAGAAGCAAUAAUCUGUGAUAAAUACAAAUUGAGUUCAGGAGAGAUAGAAACACAUACUGAUAAAUAGACAGACAGACAGACAGACAGACAGACAGACAGACAGAUACAAAGUCAAUCUGCUGACCAAAAAGAAAAACAUACAAGAUAAACGAAAAAAAAGAAUAAUUAAAACAUUGAAGAAAAAUCUGUUUGAAAUAUGCGAAAGAAAACAGGAGAAAGAGGAGGAGGAGGAGGAGGAGGAGGAGGAGGAAGAGGAGGAGGAAAAGGAGGAGGAGGAGGAAGCGAGGAAAAUUCUUCUCCGUCUCAUCCAUACAAGAGGAUGUGAGUCAUUGAAAACAGCUGUGUGUGUGUGUGUGUGUGUGUGUGUGUGUGUGUGUGUGUGUGUGUGUGUGUGUGUGUGUGUGUGUGUGUGUGUGUGUGUGUGUGUGUGUGUGUGUGUGUGUGUGUGUGUGUGUGUGUGUGUUCAAGGUCCAACAUAUCAAGUCAGAAGAUAGUGGUAUAAACACACACAUACACAUACACAUACACACACACACACACACACACACACACACACACACAGAGAGAGAGAGAGAGAGAGAGAGAGAGAGAGAGAGAGAGAGAGAGAGAGAGAGAGAGAGAGAGAGAGAGAGAGAGAGAGAGAGAGAAUUAUAUACAUUAGCCAACAAAAUCAAACAAUCAAACGUACAAAACAAUAUUACUUUUUGAUCACUAUAGUAAUCAAAACCACACACACACACACACACACACACACACACACACACACACACACACACACACACACACACACACACACACACACACACACACACACACACACACACACACACACACACAC